AUGGACCUUACCUCAACCGUGGGUUCAAGCGGCUCGAAUGCCAGCACCUACGGAAUGGACGUUCUGGGAUACGACGUUGUCGACUGCGACGGCCGGCCCCCGGAGGAGUUGAUCAAUGCUGUGAUAUCUGCUGGAAAAGCAAUUUAUGACUUGGCUCCUUCUGAUCAGGUUUUCUCCAUAUCCAUCGGUGGAAACAUCGAGUGUGAUAAAUUUCUCAGCCAUGGGGUAAAUAUGGUCGAUAUAGUUCAAAAAGGCACCCGAGUCGCAUACAAAUACAAGGUCCAACAAGGGCCGCGAAUUGUUCGCCUCGUCCGGUCGCAGCUCGGGCGGGUACAUCCGAAGUCGGACCGGGCGGUGUCGGUUUUCAAAGUCUUGAAACGGACUCCGGGGCAGGGCAAGGUCAAAUUCAAGAUUUACCCAUAUGGCCUGUCGAAGAGUGAAAUUCAGCCAAAUACCAGGCCGGCAGCCACGGUUGAUCUAGAGGAACAUCAGUUGCUCUGUGUUCUUGGGGGAGUCUGCGUUGAAAUUGUGUCUUCUGGAGAUGAGACGCUAGUGUGGGAUGGCUUUUCAGCGCUGCCUAUGGGCGAAGAUGUUUUAUUGGAUGAUACGCUGGAUUUCACGACCCCUGACCGGUGGAAUAGGGUAUGA